AUGAGCCAGGCAUUUAUUUGUGAAACCGGAUUUUGCCCUCGCUGUGGUAGUAUUAUGCCCAGCCCAAGCAGCGCUCAAACUAUUAAUUGCAUUGUUUGCAACAACCAAAUCAGCAUUGAUAGCUAUCUUGGUGUAGAAACAAAAUCAACCAUCACUUUUAAUGCGAUACGCUCGAAAGGCGUUCAAAAAAUCAAGGAUGAUACUCAGCAUGCUAAAGGUCCAAUUAUUGAACGCAAAUGCGAAAAAUGUGGCAACAACAGUAUGACAUAUUACACUCAACAAACAAGAUCUGCUGAUGAAGGUCAAACAGUCUUCUAUUCUUGUACCAAGUGUGGAAUUAUUUCAGUAUUAUUUGCAUUGUAA